AGGAGGGGCAAGAAUGCAACUGAAUACAUAUUUUCUGCUGUGUAUUGUGACCGUCUUCACAAUCGCUGCCGGAGAAAGCAAGUUCACAUGGAUGAAACCCGAUCACUUUGACGAGAUCGAUGCCCAGUUUCGAUCAGUCACGGCCGAGAACUGCCGGACUAAAAACAAGGAGGCGCUGGUGAUGAGGAAGGAUGUGGUCACCCAACUUCCGGUCUACAACCAGCUGCUGUCCAGGGUCUGGUACAAAAACAGGACGUCCUUGAUACACCUGCACAACAUGGCGCUCAACAGGGCUUUCUUUUACAGCUACAUCCUACAGAAGAUGAACACGUCGGAGAGCUUCAGUAAACAACCGGGGUGGAUGUACAUGUACUUCAGCGCCACAGCCGACGUCAACGCCAACCCUAACUUCAUCAACGCCAGCGCUUUUUAUUUCGAUGUCAACUGUCACUACCCUAACUGGUACACGACCGUCCCGUUCAACAAAACCAUCCCGUUGUUCGGGCCUAAGGUCUACAGGUGGGACGACACACGUGACCAAGACAACUACCUGCGGGAACCCACCAGACAGGUGGUGCAGGCGGUGGACUACGGCGCCGGUCAGUUCAUGAACUACACCAGCCCGAAGUUUAAAAUGAACCCUUGGUAUCCAAGUUGGCUACCUGACAUUACUGGAGGCAUGGACUCACUGACCAAAUAUACCUACUAUGUGGGCAUUAAGAUGUCGAACGUUACAGGUAAGUUUGAGACCAAGACCUUCCAGCACUUUUCUUUCUUCGGCCCAUCAUCGCCCGGCGCCCACGAGACAGACCCCCGCAACCUCCCCGUCCAGUUCACCCCGCCCUACUUUGACUGCGGCGGUGCCAACAAGUGGGUGGUUAGUGCCGUCUCGCCUGUCAUAGACUUCAUGCCUCGAUAUUCGAACUUCACCCACAUGCGGAGACCGAGGGUCGUGGGGGUGUCGGUGAUGGACACCCACUUCAAGGAGCUGGACUUCAACGCCUGUGGGGUCAGUGACGGCAACCCCGGGCCCAGCUACCUGGCAGGUGUGCACAGGUGUCGGAAAACAACGGGGUGUAAACACAAGCCCGGCUACGGGUUUAAGCGGGGCGGGUAUGUGUGUCACUGUGUCCCGGGCUGGGGCUACCCCUGGUAUGUUGAGUUCCCCUACCAGGGCGACCACGUGGAGAAGGCCACGGUGGAUGAGUACAAGAACGGCUUCACAUGCAGGCAGGUGUUGUUUCGCCAGGUCCUGCCUGUGGUUGACCACAUGCCAGGUAUCAGCAUAGAGGGCGGGGACAUCUUGACCAGCAGUGGGGGCGUGGUCAUCACGGAUGCCAAUAAACAGAAGUCCAAGAGGUCAGCAGAGAGGAAUGAAUCAGCAGCUGUUACAGAGAAAAUUGACGUGUACACGGACACAUCUGGUAGAGAGACGAAUAGGACGGGACACAGAGAUUAUGUUGUUGAGACAAUCAAUGGACACACACUGGAUAGGAUUGUAGCAUUGGCCGACACAAUCAGGGAACUUAGGGAAAAAAACGAGCUGGAAAAAACUUUUAAACUAAAAGGUUUGUCAACAACCUAUGACCUUUCACCUCCGAGAGAUGACUAUGUGAUGAACAACAAAGUCGAUGUGAACAUCGAAAUGGAAUAUCAGAAGGACGUGGCCGAACACAGGAGAUACCGGCGGUCGCUGGUAGACGACGGGUCGACCAGAAACUACACGCUGGCUUCUGAGGCCCUCCGGAAACACAUCCUGGAGCUCCGGGAGCGGCACCAGAAGCGGUUCCAGUCCGGCAGGGCGGAGGCACCGUCCGUGAGACGUCAGAAGAGAGCGACAGUGUUCGAUGACCAGGCUUUUGACAGAAUGAUGCGGAUCUUUCGCCAAAAAGCGUCCGUGACGUCAUCGAACUGUCACAGACUACCAAAUCACCAGCUCCAGCUGCCCGGAGACGUCACUUUUGGCGCCAAGACGCAGUUUGAGACGGAGGGUCGAACAGCUGUCCGGCUGACCCAGUAUUUAUCCCUGUACCUGCAGAACGUGAUGCCGGAUGAAAACUACGGCAACCUUCGUGCCGGCGGCAUCCUCCACGUCGACCAACUGUAUGGCGAGGUCCUGGCCAAUGUCAUGGGCAACUUUAAGAUAUACACGGCUGGCCUCUUCUUUGACAGGUACAAGUUUCAGAACCAGGACCGUAGCGUCCGUGAGUUGUUUGGACCUGAGGCCUACAGAAAACAAGGCUCAUACUUCGCAGUGGACAGGGCCGGCUACUCCAAGAGCUACGUGGACGAGGAAUGGUUCCUUAGGGCUAAAGCUCAGUACGCCAGUAAUCUGAGUGGGCUUAAGCUCUACAAGCUCAGAGCUUACGUCAGAUCCGACCCAAACGGCACCAGUUCUGUCCGCCAUGAGUACUUCCCCCUGACCUACAGAGCCGCACCCUAUGAGGCCGGCUUCUGGACCAGACCGUACUUCCGGUGUGAUGGGAAUAUCGACUCGUGGCUCAUCAAGUAUGUCAGCCCAUUCUUUGGGCUCGACUCGCUGAGGACUAGGCUGGAGUUUAGAGGUGUGGCGACGGUGGAGGUUCCCCUGAAUCUUCUAGAAAUCAACCAGUGCCCCAUGCCGUAUUCUGUCCCCAACGCCUUUAAAAACACGGCCCGGUGUGACUACUUUUCUACCAAUUGCGCCCCCCUGGCCGGGUUUCCCUUCCAGCGCGGCUCCUACAGGUGCAACUGUCGGCUGGGCUUUGAUUACUGGCACCUGGAUGGAAAGUUCUGGAUAGAAGGCGCUCUGCUGGAGCUGGAAUACGAGAAGAAAAAGGCCGGAAUAUUUAGCCGGUUUGACUUGUUGAAUUGCCGGGUAUCGUCUGCUGAGGAUAUUACACCAACUGUCUUCUUAUUAUACCUGACUGUGGUCGUUUCUCUAGUCACCACAUAGAAGACGUUGGUAGAAGACCUUCAGUGCUUCGCUGGGUGUAGCCAUUGUCUAGCCACUGUGCAGCGAGUUUCUAGCCAUGGUCUAGCUACUGUGUAGCGAUUGUCUAGCCAUGGUCUAGCUACUAUGUAGCGAGUUUCUAGCCAUUGUCUAGCCAUGGUGUAACCAUGGUGUAACGAAGGUGUAGCUUUACACUAUUUAUUUUUCACCACAGCCAACAUAUGACGUCAUGUAUUGGCUCAUACACCAGAGAAGAAAGUCUGGAAAACGUCAACUUGUUUUCUAGUCAACUCAGAUUAUGGUUUAGGGGUAUACAUGCACAAUGCACUCUUUACAUUGACGUCAAGGGCACAUCAUUCUUACCAUUAGAGCACAUUACUCUAAACAUUGCGUCAAUGAAACGAUACUCAACAAAGACGUCAAAGGAACAUCACUUUUAUCAAUGGCUUAAAGGGACAUCAAUCUUAACAAUGCGUCACAUGAAUAUCACUUUUAUCAAUGGCUUUAAAGGGACAUAAAUCUUAACAAUGGCGUCACAUGAAUAUCACUUUUAUCAAUGGCUUUAAAGGGACAUAAAUCUUAACAAUGGCGUCAAAUGAAUAUCACUUUUAUCAAUGGCGUCAAAGGGACAUAAAUCUUAACAAUGGCGUCACAUGAAUAUCACUUUUAUCAAUGGCGUCAAAGGGACAUCAAUCUUAACAAUGGCAUCACAUGAAUAUCACUUUUAUCAAUGGCGUCAAAGGGACAUCACUUCUACAAAUCGCGUCAAAAGGGACAUCACUUCUAUAAAUGGCGUCAAAAUGACAUCUCUUUUAUCAAUGCCGUUAAAGGUGCAUCACUGGCGUCAAAUGGACGGACAUCAAUCUAAAACCUAUAUGUCAUGGGCACAUGCCUGUAUACAUUGGCAUCAAUAGCACACAACUUUUACUAUUGUCAUCAAGGGGAUAUCACUAUCAUAUCACUAUCACAGUUAUUUUCUAGAGCACGUAACACAACUCGACUAGAAAUACUUCAUGAAAUGACGAUUUGUAUGUGUUAAACAAACGCAUACAAAACAAUGCUUUGUAAAUACAAUGUAUUUUCAUAAUACAAUCAGUCUGUAAUUGGUUUUAUGGUCAAAUUAUGUUAAGUUCUUUUGUAGCAAUUUUUUUUCAAACUUCAACGAUUCAUUUAUUUCUUAUGUGAUUACUUACAUUUUAGUAUAAUUUUAUAUUAAUGUUAUUAGUUACCCCUUAAAAUAUUCUACAUUCGACAUGUAUCUAUGCAUAUGGCAGUAACCCCACAUAUCUUUAGCUUUUAGCUAAGGUGAACAAGUACGAAACCUUCUUAACACACAUCCAGUCAAAUGUGACAUCACGUGCAAUCUUCAACAGCCACAUACAUUAGAAUCUAAUUUGGUAUUACAGCACAUCUCCUAGUUUUACGUAAAAUUGAAUACAAACUACUGUCUUCACGUGGAUUCGAACCCUCUCCUCUCUCAGUUUAC